CAACUUUUAGCGCGUGUGGGAGAGAUAAAAGAUAGUGGUCUAGAUUUUCAAUUUGGCUGUGCUACAUUAUAAUUUUCGAACGACCGUUGCUUUGAUUUGUCGACCAACCGUCCGCUGGAAAUAAAAAUUGUGUGUUACGCCGAAACAGGAGUUUAUCGUGUGUGUUUAUUGUAAAAAAUCACCAUGAGAUCCGCAAAAUCCAAGCAAAGACUGAAUGAAAUGCGGACUCCGGCUAGAAGUAAGCAAAAUCUGUGUACGGGAGAUCGAGAUCCUGUUCAUGUUUACUGUCGGUUGCGGCCUAUGCAAAAAGACACUGAUAUAGCGUGUAUGAAGAUAAUUUCGCCUACAACUGUCCUCUUGACGCCUCCAAGCUCAUCUAUAAGUUACAGAAACGAAAAUGUCAAGACCAUGGAGUACACAUUCAAAGAAGUUUUCCCACCAGAAACUUUGCAACAAGAAGUAUUCGACAAAGUCGCGUUACCGCUGGUUGAAGGACUAAUCAAAGGUAAAAACGGCUUAUUAUUUACAUACGGAGUGACGGGUAGCGGGAAAACGUUCACAAUGACUGGGGAGCCUCUAAAUUGUGGUAUACUACCCAGAGCUUUAAACAUAAUUUUCAAAUCUAUAAAUGACUUCCAAGCACACAAAUACGUCUUCAAACCAGACAAAAUGAACAUGUUCGAUAUUCAAACGGAGGCUGAAGCCAUGUUAGAAAGACAGCAAGAGUUGCACAAGUUCAAAAGUAACAGAAAAAAUAAUUCAAACCCCGAUUUGGCCAUGUCCUCUACAGAUAUAACUAAAGUAGAAGGCAUUAAUGAAGACAAUCAGUACGCUGUGUUUGUGACUUAUGUUGAAAUUUACAAUAACAGUGUAUUUGAUUUGCUAGAAGAUGGGCCCAUUAGUAAAAACUUACCUGUUAAACUUAUAAGAGAAGACGGAGCGCACAAUAUGUAUGUGCACGGUGUCACUGAAAUUGAAAUAAAAUCAGCAGAAGAAGCAUUCGAAGCAUUUUACUUGGGUCUCAAAAGGAAAAGAAUGGCACAUACAACUUUAAAUGCAGAAUCAAGUCGUAGUCAUUCUGUUUUUACAAUAAGAUUGGUGCAGGCACCAGUUGACGAAAUGGGUGAAGCUGUUAUACAGAAUAAGAAGUUUCUGUCAAUAAGCCAGUUGAGUUUAGUAGAUUUGGCUGGCAGCGAACGUACUAACCGUACAAAAAAUACUGGGCAAAGGCUAAGAGAAGCUGGGAACAUCAAUAAGUCUCUGAUGACAUUAAGGACUUGUUUGGAAAUUUUGAGAGAAAAUCAGUCUGGAGACAUGAAAUCAAUGGUGCCAUACCGUGAGUCAAAGAUCACACACUUGUUUAAAAACUUCUUUGAAGGUGAAGGGCAGGUCCGUAUGAUUGUCUGUGCUAACCCUCGUGCAGACGAUUACGAUGAGACAUUGCAAGUGAUGAGAUUUGCUGAAAUGGCCUCCGAAGUCGAAGUGGCUAAGCCACAAAUAAAUAACAUUGCAGCUUCAAUUGGACUUAUGUCUGGAAGGCGUAAAGCUAAUAGACUAUUUACAACAGCAAGGGAGAACAUUAUCCGUCCAGAAGCUAAAGACUUGGAAUUAGACUUAGGGUUGGUCUACAGUCUUGGACCUGAUUUUCCGAGCCUAGAAUUGAAUAGUUCCCAAGCUGCACAUAUCAUAAAAGAACUGAUGGCACAUUUGGAAAUGCGUAUAAGUAGAAGGGAAGCAUUGAAAAGAAGUAAAUCGCUAAAAGAUGAAAAGCUUAGAUCUGCUUUGUUAGAAUUAGAGAAAGACUCUUUAGAAGUAAGAAGUGAAAAUGUGUCACUCAGAGGUCAACUGGCAGCUGCUGAACGUCGCGUGAGAGCUUUGGAGGAACGCUUGACAGCUACAGAGAACGCUUCGUUAUCACAUCAACGUAAACUUGCCGAGUUGACAGAAUAUUCGUCAUCCUUAAAACGAGAAUUACAAGAAAAGGACCUACUAUUAAGUCAGAACAAGCUUGACAAAGAGAAGCAGAAAAAGAUACUGGAGCGGAAGUACAACCACAAAAUCGCAGUUGAACAUGAGAAAGCAAAAGAAAUGCAUACUGAGAAAGAAAGGCGACUGAAAAAUGCUAUAGAGGAGAAGGAGAAUCGUUUGAGGAUCAUCGCUGAAGCUUUGAAUUCGGAAAGGGGUGAUAAUGACUUGGUUAUGCCGAAAAGUACAGGAGAUGUUGGAGCACAAACAGCAAGAGAUUUCACUCCUGGUUCGACGCCUAGGGCGUUGCCAGCCCAUCUUCUCACACCAUUCAGCUCUGUUCCUCAUACUAGAGAAACUAGAGACACUCCAGCGUCGUCUAGGCGUGGCGUUGCUGUCGCUAAUCCAAGGCACAGGCGGUCUUUAUCCGCCGACGGGCGAAAUUGGGUCGAGCACGCUCCAAACAAACUUGUACCAAUGGGCACAGUAAUGAAACCGAGUAUAACAAACUGUAAGGUCGUGAACAAGUUGAAGUCGGUGAAGGACAUUGCCAAUUCGAAAACCUCCAAAUACUGUUUGAUAUCGCAAGAGCAGGAUACAGAUGGUGAGUUGGAAACUAAAUUGUAUAAAGGAGACAUUGUUCCGACUAGCGGGGGAGGUGCUCAAGUCAUUUUCAACGAUGUGGAAAUGCUGAAACAGUUUUCACCGAACAGGGAGUCGCAGUCAAGAGUUUCCACGGGCACCACUUGCGCAAGGCAUUCUGGUAAGAGAAGAGACACUGCUUGUUCCCCACCCCAAACACCCUCAAAUACCAGUAAAAAACAAAGGGUAGAUGAUGAUUAAAACAGUAGAAAAACAAUAUUUAUUUUCAUGAAAAUAAAGAUUGUUAUUUGUUAUAACAAAGUAACAGAGUACAAUAAACAAAAUU